CUUCGGCAAUUCGUCGACCGUGCUCACGAAGACGGUCUCCUCUUACCACCGACUACCGGGACAAGAGCACCACCCUCCGCUGCCUGCGAUGCGAUGAGGAUGAGCCCACACAUGACUCUGUGUUGUUCGGCUGCUGCAAGGAGGCUAACCAUCAGGGCUUCCUGGCGUCUACGACAAGUCGCAUACCCUGCCCGACAAUUUCAUUUAUCGGCGCUCGCGCGGGAUGCAGCGAAAGCUAGUACUAGUGCGGAAGCAAAGAGCUCUGUAGAGCAAGGAUCGACAGUUGAGGGAAGACCAUAUUCUGAACUCAGCGUUGGAGUGCCAGUAGAGACGUAUCUCAACGAGCGUCGGGUCGCGGUAACUCCCCAGAAUGUCGCGCUGUUGCUGAAGAAGGGCUUCUCUCGCGUUCUCAUAGAGAAGAACGCAGGCGCACAGGCCGAAUUCUUAGACAAUCAAUACCAGGCCGCGGGCGCUACAAUGGCGGAUCGGGAGCAGGUCUUCCAGUCGUCAGAUAUUCUCCUCAAAGUGAGACCUCCAGUAUCCGAGAAGGAGGCAGAGGCGGUCAAAAAGGACGGCACGGUCAUCUCAUUCCUAUACCCGAAUCAGAACAAGGCUAUCGUCGAUGCUCUGGCUACGCGGAAAGUCAAUGCUUUCGCUAUGGAAAUGAUACCUCGUAUAUCCCGUGCUCAGGUAUUUGACGCACUGAGUUCGAUGGCUAACAUCGCAGGUUACAAGGCCGUGCUCGAGGCUGCAAACCACUUUGGACGAUUUCUCACUGGUCAGGUCACUGCUGCUGGAAAGAUACCACCGGGUAAAGUACUGGUCAUUGGUGCUGGUGUUGCAGGCUUGAGCGCUAUUGCCACGGCUAGGCGCAUGGGUGCUAUUGUGCGAGGUUUUGAUACCAGAGCCGCUGCCAGAGAACAGGUUCAGUCGCUCGGAGCCGAGUUUCUAGAGGUUUCAAUGGAGGAGUCCGGUGAAGGUGGCGGCGGCUAUGCAAAGGAAAUGUCGAAGGAAUUCAUCGAAGCUGAAAUGACCCUCUUCAUGGAACAAUGCAAGGACGUUGACAUUGUCAUCACUACGGCCCUCAUUCCAGGCAGACCAGCUCCAAAGCUCAUCACCUCCGAGAUGGUCGCCGCAAUGAAGCAAGGCUCGGUGAUUGUUGACCUAGCAGCUGAGACAGGAGGCAACUGUGCUCUGACGAAACCCGGAGAGAUACACGUUCAAAACGGCGUCACGAUCAUCGGAUAUACCGACUUGCCUUCUCGCCUGCCGACACAGUCGUCUACGCUCUACUCGAACAACAUCGUCAAGUUCCUCCUGUCAAUUGGUGGUAAUGGUCAGUUCGCCAUUGACCUCGAGGAUGAGGUAGUCCGCGGGUCCAUCGUCCUCCAUAACGGCACCCGUAUCCCACCGGCCCCUCGUCCCAUCCCGCCAGUCGUCACUGCGCCAUCAGCGAAUAAAGCAGCAGAAGUGGCGGAAACCAAAGCAAUCACGCCAUGGCAGAAGGCUACUCGUGAGGUUGCCACGGUCACCACCGGAAUGGGCACAGCCAUUGCGCUCGGGAAACUUGCGGGACCCGCCUUCAUGAGCAACUUUUUCACCUUCGGGCUGGCAGGUCUGAUUGGAUACCGAGUUGUUUGGGGUGUCGCACCCGCUCUUCACUCUCCCUUGAUGUCUGUGACGAACGCCAUCUCAGGAAUGGUUGGUAUUGGAGGCCUGUUUGUGAUGGGAGGCGGGUACCUACCCGGAACGGUACCGCAAGUACUCGGUGCGAUUUCCGUGCUCUUGGCUGGCGUGAACGUUGCUGGAGGAUUCGUCAUCACAAAGCGCAUGCUAGAUAUGUUCAAACGUGCUACUGAUCCGCCUGAGUACACUUGGCUGUACGGCAUUCCGGCAGUCGUGUUCGCAGGGGGAUUCCUGGCUGCUGCGAGUACGGGUAUGUCCGGUCUGGUACAAGCCGGAUACUUGACUAGCAGCGUCCUGUGCAUAAGUUCGCUAUCCGGCCUGGCUUCCCAGGCCACUGCGCGUCAAGGCAACAUCCUCGGUAUGCUCGGUGUCAGUUCGGGUAUCCUCGCCUCCCUCGCUGCGGUGGGCUUCUCCCCAGAGGUUCUUGUUCAGUUCGCUGGUGUGUCUGCAAUCGGUGGGACGAUCGGUACGGUCAUCGGACGACGAAUCACUGCCAUUGAGCUGCCGCAGAUGGUGGCGGCGCUGCACUCAGUAGUCGGCCUCGCUGCUGUACUCACUAGCAUUGCCAGUGUGCUUGCUGAUGUCGGUCAUGCUUCGACUUUGCAUCUCGUUACAGCGUACCUAGGUGUCCUUAUCGGUGGAGUGACGUUUACCGGAUCUAUUGUCGCCUUCCUGAAGCUAGCAGGCCGCAUGUCCUCGAGGCCGCUGACUCUUCCUGGACGGCAUAUCAUCAAUAGCUCUCUGCUUGGCGCGAAUAUCCUGUCGAUGGGAGCAUUCGUGUCUAUGGCCCCAUCAGUGCCUCUGGUGGCAGCCGGAUUUCUAGGAGCAAACACGCUUCUGAGCUUCAUUCAAGGCUUCACAACGACUGCUGCAAUUGGAGGAGCGGAUAUGCCGGUCGUGAUCACGGUGCUCAAUGCGUAUUCAGGCUUUGCGCUCGUAGCUGAAGGAUUUAUGCUCGACAAUUCCCUCCUAACGACCGUUGGCGCAUUGAUUGGUGUUAGCGGAUCUAUUCUGUCGUACAUCAUGUGUGUGGCUAUGAACAGAACGUUGACCAAUGUCCUGUUUGGUGGCAUCGGGUCAUCGGCAGCACCGUCUGACUACAAGAUUGAGGGUGCAAUCACGAAAACGUCAGUGGAUGAGACGGUCGACGCGCUGGCCAAUGCGGAGAAUGUAAUACUGGUGGUCGGAUAUGGAAUGGCUGUUGCCAAGGCACAGUAUGCGAUCGCGGAUAUUGUCUCAUUGCUGAGAUCGAAGGGCAUCAAUGUGCGAUUCGCUAUCCAUCCUGUGGCUGGACGAAUGCCUGGACAGUGCAAUGUCCUGCUAGCGGAGGCUUCUGUGCCCUAUGAUAUCGUCCUGGAGAUGGACGAGAUAAACGAUGAUUUCGGUGACACGGAUGUCACCCUGGUCAUUGGCGCAAACGACACUGUUAACCCCAUUGCGCUGGAGCCGGGCUCUCCGAUCGCUGGUAUGCCUGUCCUGCACGCAUGGAAGAGCAAGCAGGUGGUCGUGAUGAAACGCGGAAUGUCCAGCGGAUACGCUGAUGUUCCCAAUCCGAUGUUCUACAUGCCGGGCACCAAAAUGUUGUUCGGUGAUGCGAAAGACACUUGCGAAGCCAUCAAGAAGGGUCUCGAUGCAAAAUACUCCAGUUGAUACACUCUCGUAUAAAUUACAUCUACGCGGGCUUGCUUUCUUGUAAUA